GUUCUUUGCAAAAGUGCUCCAAAUCUGUCAGAUUGUGAGGACAUCUCCUGUGAGCAGAUUUGUUCAGUGUGGUUCAAAGCUUCAGCUAUGAGUUAUUUUGAUAAUCGAUAAUUUUAUAUAAAGAGUUGUCGAUUAUUUGAUAGUCUAUAAAUAAACCCCAUAAUUACUAUAAUUAUAAUUCUUCCGCUUACCCGGCCCCGGAUAAACGGAAGAAGAUGGUAUGGUAUGGUAAUAAUAACCAUUAAACUACUGCAAAACAGGGUAUCUCCAGUAUUUCAAUGUAACUCAACAAUUAAAUCAGUGGAGGAAAGGAAGCAUAUUAACAUGCUUAGGGGUCAGGCUGGCUCUCUUUGUUGUGACAAUGUUCCCUAAAGCAGAGAAAAGUCAUUCAGAGUGAGUGGAGGUUGCAGGAAGGACAUGUAAUUGAAGGACAUGUAUUUUCUUAUUUUAUAAUGCUGUUAUUAUUUUUAUUAUUUUAUUAUUUUAUGAUCAUGUUUUUUAAUUGAACAAAUAAAAUAAUUUAAGGAACAUUUUAUUUAAUUUAUUUUUCUAAAAACGGUUUACACAAUAAAAAGUAGGACACACCCUAGUAAAACUGAGAAUAACUCAAUAAUAAUAAGUAAAUAUAUUAUGUUAUUCCUGGUUAGUUUACAGGCUCGAUCUUCAGUGGUGUUCAGCCAUUGAUCAACAGAAUCAAUCACACCAAAACCUUCUCUUUUAGAAAUCAUUGAUCUUGUUUUCUUUGUUUUCUCCAUUGUAUAUCGGACACCUUCGUUGUAGAAAUUCUGUCUAACAUUCCUAAAUAUUCCAUACCGGUCAUUUUCUAGCACUAAAAACUAGGCCAUAUUAGUGUCCCUUUAGGUCGUUGCCACAAGGAACAUUUUUAUUUCUUACACAGGGGUUAGGUUUAGGGUUUGAGGGGUGAAGUUUCAUCUUAUUUCUGGUCCCCAAAAGCAUCAAAAAUAUCCUCCAAAGGAUGGAAAAUAGUCUGUGUGUAAGAGAGAUUGUUUGUCACAGUAUGACAAUCUUCUCUGUUUUUCCACAGUAUGGAGCAGGUUGGAAAGUGCCGGCUAAAGUCAGGACCGAAGAAAUAUGCCUGUGAGCUCACACUGGACCCAAACACACCACUCUGGAAACUCUCUCUGUCUGAGCAGAACAGAAAGGUGACACAUGGAAGAGAGGGGACAUAUCCUGAUCACCCAGAGAGAUUUGACCUCAUGGGACAGGUGCUGUGUAAAGAGAGUCUGUCUGGACGCUGUUACUUUGAGGUUGAGAAGACUGGGGGAAGAGCUGCAAUAGGACUGACAUACAAAGGAAUCAACAGGAAAGGAUGCAGUAAAGACAAUGUUCUCGGAAACUAUGAAAAGUCCUGGUGUCUCGAUUGUGAUGAUGGCAGUUACUCAGCCAUGCACAAUGACAUGCAUUUUUUCAUACCUGUCACUUCCUCAGACCCCAUCAGAGUAGGAGUGUAUCUGGACUGGCCAGCCGGCACUCUGUCCUUCUACAGUGUCACCUCUGACACACUGACCCACCUGUACACAUUCAACACCACAUUCACUGAGCCCCUUUAUCCAGUGUUUAGGAUACAUGAACACUCCAUGGUGUCCUUGUGUUAGAUGAUCCCUGUGUCAAACAAAACAAUGUUUCUCUCUAAUCACAGUCAUGUUCAGUAGGACACAGAAAUCACUGAUUUUGUUUUAUUUUCAAUUGUUUUUGUUAACAUUGGUGUCUGUAGAAUGUUAUUAAUCCAGUUGGUUGACAGAAGAAUCUUGUUUCUGUAGCUAAAUAACAAUGUCCCAGAUUUGACAGCAUAAAUAAAGGUGUCUAAAAACUGAAGAAUGGAAUUCAGAUGUUAUAAAAUUACUGUUGGUGUCACAUGAGUGUACAAUCUCCUUGAGAAUAAUAACUAAGUAAAGCACAAUGAUCUAGAAAUACUGUAAGUUCUAUAAAAAUGUAAGUGUUUAUCAGGCCACCUUGUGUGCUACAUCGUUCUCUAUUUGCAGACAGCCUGUAACUUUCAUCACUGUAAAUGUUUGCAUUUCCAAUCCCCCUUAUAUAUAAAUACUGGUCACACCAGAUACUGAUACUGACUGGUUUUCGCCCCCACUGCACCUUUUUAUUUCCUUUCCAAAAAAGUUGAAA